AUGGUCGAUGCUCUCAAGCAAGUAAUAUCCGGCGGCGAUGAUGGUGGAUACACCACCACUGAAGGGGCUCAACAACUCUUACAAACCACCCAGAAUGCCAUGUCAUUAUCACCAUUAAUUCCAACAAGAGGGACCACCCCUAGUAGUGCUUGUGCUAGUAGUAGCACAAGAAAGGAAGGGAAGAGAAAGAAAAAGAAGAACAAGAAGUACAUGGGAAUUCGACAGAGGCAGGGGACGGAGGAGGAAGCCGCCAGAGCUUAUGACUUGAAGGCCGUGGAGUUCCGCGGGGAGAGAGCCAGGACCAACUUUCCGUUGUCGGACUACCUAGAAUUGCCAAGCACCACUCAGCAGACAAACAAUCCAGAAAGCAAUCCCAAUGAGAUCACAGAGAAUCAAGAACGCGAAUCCAGUGGCAUAGAGAAUGAAACACUCCAGAUCGAGUACAAGAACUAUACCCCCCGCAAGCCCCAACCCUCUUCGUCGUAUGGAGUCCCACCUAGUGUGACUCGUCCAUCUGAGGAAUUCGUUGGCGGUGGUGGUGUUUAUGGCUCAAGGCAGAGCUAUGGGAGGUCUGAGGAGGGGCAAGAGUACAGGAAGCCUAGUUAUGAGAGGCCUGAUGAUAAGUAUGAAGGGUAUGGUCGCAAGAAAUAUGGAGAAGAAGAAGAAGAAGAAGAAGAGGAGGAGGAGGAGGAGGAGGAGGAGGAGGAGAAACACCGUAAGCAUCACCACCACCACCGCAAGCACUAUGUGAUGAAUAAGCAAUGCUCUGGCUGCCUUCUAUGCAGGAUUCAUGCCAUAAUCUAA